AUAUUUUGUAACCAAACCAGGCACACUACUUGAAAGCAAGAAGAAAAAACACAAACAGAGCUCAUAUUCAAGCAGAACAAUGGCAGCCUCAGUCAUGGCUUCUUCAUUGAACCUCAAACCAGUCCCUUUCACCGUUGAGAAAUCAGCCGUACGAGGCCUCCCCUCUCUUGCCAGAACCACCCCUUUCAAAAUUGUUGCCAGUGGGGGCAAAAAGAUCAAGACUAAUAAGCCCUAUGGAGUAAACGGUGGCAUGGACUUGAGAGAUGGUGUUGAUGCAUCUGGGAGGAAGGCUAGGGGAAAGGGUGUUUACCAAUUUGUUGACAAAUAUGGAGCUAAUGUUGAUGGGUACAGUCCAAUCUACAACACCGAUGACUGGUCUCCCAGCGGCGAUGUUUACGUCGGUGGCACUACUGGGUUGGCAAUCUGGGCAGUUACUCUUUUUGGCCUUCUUGCAGGAGGAGCCCUUCUUGUGUACAACACAAGUGCUUUGGCACAGUAGACAACACAAGAAAUAUGUUUAUGUGAUGUGAUGUAAUAUAACUUGUUCAAACAAAAUUUCUACAACUCCUUUUGGUUGGUGUAUCUACUUGUGUAAUGUUUUGGUAUGGAUUUAAUCUGAGACCAGUUAGUAAUCUUUAAUGUUGACUUUUUUAAAUCUU